UUGCCUUAUUUCGUUGUCAGAUGCAUGACUCAUUUUUCUAGAAUUGAGGCAUGUCAGUUUUCAUGGAAUUUUCCGGUGUUUUGAGUUUGAGAAACUGACAAGCAGAGACUGUCAUUGGCAGAGAGAUUUCAGAAUUCAGAAGAAAUUAGUUAAUUGUUGCAGAAAAACAAGGAAUUGCAAUUAUUGUGAAAUCCCUAUUUUGUUGAUUUUGUAAAUUGUUCCUAGUUACCGGGAACUGAACAGAACAACGAUCCAUCAGGAUGUCCUACAACUACAAUCAAGGGCCACAAGGUUAUGGUGCUCCACCACCAGGAGCCUACCCACCGCCACCUCAAAGUGGAUACCCUGGUGGGUAUCCGCCUCCAGGCGGUUAUCCACCACAAGGGGGCUACCCACCACAGAGCGGAUACCCUUCAGCCCCUGCGCCAGGCUUCAACGCGCCACCCUACAGCGAUCCGUACGCGGGGGCCAACCAAGGUGAAGCAUUACCCUUCAAUUCUAGCACACAUGGAUAUGGAGGCUACAACGCCGAUCCAGAAGACCCCGAAGUAAAAGGCUUCGAUUUCUCAGACCAAUCCAUCCGCAAAGGAUUCAUCCGUAAAGUAUACUCGAUUUUGAUGGUACAACUAGCCAUCACCAUGGGUUUCAUCGGGCUCUUGUGCUACGAACCAACCACCAGAGAAUUCGUCCGUCGAACUCCGAGCUUAUUCAUUGUGGCUCUGAUCGUUAUGAUUGUGGCCAUGAUUACUUUGGCUUGCUGCGGCGAAGUCAGACGCAAGGCCCCUAUGAAUUACAUCGUGCUGUUUAUUUUCACUAUUGCAGAAGGCUUUUUGUUGGGAGUGAGUGCUGGAAGCUACAAGCAAGAUGCUGUAAUAUUAGCUGUCGGGAUAACGGCCGUAGUUUGUUUGGCUUUGACCAUAUUCGCCUUUCAAACUAAGUACGAUUUUACCAUGAUGGGUGGCGUUUUGUUGGUGGCCGUUAUUAUUCUUUUGGUAUUUGGUAUCGUUGCCAUGUUUUGGCAUAAUAAAAUUGUCCAGUUGGUUUAUGCUUCGCUUGGAGCAUUGAUUUUCUCGAUCUAUUUGGUAUACGAUACCCAAUUGAUGAUGGGCGGUAAACAUAAAUACAGCAUUUCGCCUGAGGAAUAUGUUUUUGCCGCUUUGAAUUUGUAUCUGGAUAUUAUCAAUAUCUUUAUGUAUAUUUUGGCUAUUAUUGGAAGUGCUCGCGAUUAAGAAGUUUCUUGUUUUUAUUUAAUAUUUUAGAGUAGGUUAUAGAGAAUAUGUAUUUUUUUUUGUGAUGGCCAGACUGUCGCACCUGAUAAUACAGAGCAAUUUGAGAGAUGUCAGUUUGGAUUUUGUAAAUUUAUUCUUUCUUUUCAGUAUUUCGGGUGCGGAAUACAAUAUUUCUUUGAUGAAAGGGACUUAUCUUGUGUUUUUUUUUUAUUUAAGAAAUUAUGCUUACAGGUAUUUAAUUUUUUUCAUUAGGUUACAUUGUUAUUAAUCUAGUUUGUAAAAUAAAGUUUUUUUUU